AUGAAACCUGCACAACCGAGUCCAGUAGUUGCAUUCAUACGACGUAUCCCGACCCCAAUCGCGCUUGCCAUUGGUAUUAUCCUCGGGUUAUGUGUUUCUCAGCUAUGGAGUAGCAGCCAAUCGUCUCAAAGCUACCCAGCAUGGGAUGGUGGUGCAUCGCUAAAAUCACAGCGUCCGCAUCGAUUGAACAGCUUCCAGCCAACAGUCACUCCGAAUCCUGAACAACGAUUCCGUAUCCUUACUCUUCUCUCGACUCUCUCACAGCACCACACGCGCACAUGCACGCGUAAUUCCCAACCUGGCUAUGUGAAGCAAGUCGAGGAGCGGUAUACACCAUUAGUAGGCCAUAGCGUACCCAACAAGGGAAGCUGGUGGUCAGGCCACGAAGAUGAACACGCGUCAUCGAACAGAAAGAGAAGCGAACUCGCUGCAUUGGGGCACAAAUACUUUUUCGCCAUCAAUUUGUACAACUCGUUCGACGUUAUCCCAGAUCUUUUUGCGACCAUGUUCCGUGUUGCAGCUGUGCUGGGAUACCAAAACGUCUUUGUCUCGAUUUACGAAAACGGUUCUUCUGACCAGACCAAGGCCCUCCUCAGGAUUUUCGAUUCCCUUACCCGAAGCGUUGGGAUGCGAGUUGUGAUUCGCACGUCGAUGCGUCGUCGUGGAGCGUUCAACCACCGUAUCGAGUACUUGGCCGAGGUGCGAAAUGCUGCAAUGGUCCCCCUACACGAGUUGCGCGAAAACGAAGGAGAGGUCUUUGAUUCAGUCGUUUUCAUGAACGAUGUGUUGCCAUGCAUCGACGAUGUCCUCGAAUUACAUGUUCCACGACGGAGUGGGUGCUCCUGUGUUUACGAUAACUGGGUCGCACGAGAUAUCAACGGCACAGCACUCGAAAACGCUCCCUUUGAACAGGUCUUCCACCAUCCCGAAUCGUCGGACCGCUUCCAGCGUCACUUGCCGAUUCAAGUCCAGUCAUGCUGGAACGGUAUCGCUGUACUCGACCCUGCUCCAUUGUAUGCGACCCCACACGUGCGGUUCCGCAUGGCCAAGAUUGCAGAAGGCGAAUGUUCGGCCAGUGAGUGUAGUUUGAUCGGCAACGAUUAUUGGAAUGCGGGGUACGGUCGGAUUAUCAUGGUGCCGAGAGUCAAGCUUGCGUAUGACAAGAAAGUAUGGGAUAUCAUCCACCCCACACGUCGAAACUUGACUGCGAUCAGAGGGUAUGUGCGCCUCGGCGGUCUUCCUGACGAUCCUCGUACGGACCCACAAGACCGCUCAUGGUACGGACCUCAUGACCGUCUUUUCGUCCCUGAAGAGGCGGACCAGUUGGAGUUUGUGCCUGGACCUCCUUAUGUCUGGUGCUGGGGCUGGGACGGUGCAGGAGACUUGGACGGGCCCGAUGUCCGCCGUUUCCGGAUCCCGCUCGGUCUCCUAACACUCUUUAUCUUUGGCCAACUCUUGCUCAAAUCCCAACCCCAACUCCAGCCCAACAUUCCCGUUCAGAAAUGGACGACCCAGAUCAAAGCGUUCUUGUCCCAUUCUGCGCCCACACCGAUCGAACACCCAAUCCCGAAACUGAUGCUCGCGGCGCACAGAAAGUAUAAAAGCAUGAUCACGACGCAGAGCACGACGCUCGAAGAGGCCGUCAAGGAGUACGAGAAGCGGUACGGACGUCCGCCCCCGCGCGGGUUCGACGACUGGUUCAAUUUCGCCAAGGAGAACGGGUGCAAGAUUGUGGACGAGUACGAUGGGAUGGUCAAGGACUUUGAGCCGUUUUGGCAGUUGGACGGUGCAGAGUUUAGGAGACGGGCCGAGCAGGUCGGAGAAGUGACGAGUAUCGAUCUUGUGCGAAUCAAGGAUGGUAAAACGACGAUUGUCAAUGUGGAACGAGGGCAUCCCGGAAACGAGGUCGGCGCGCGUGCGCAGGGGUUUGCGAUGAUGAUUGAAAAGUAUCAGAGUAAACUGCCUGAUAUGACGCUCGCUAUUAAUGCCCGGUCAGAAGCACGCGUUCUCGUACCCUGGGUGCACCUCGAGUACCCAAAUAGCACAAACCAGGAUUCGUCCAUUGGGCUAACGGCCAUGUUGGGCGGUGCGGACCCAGACGGCGUCGACAAGGACGGAAAGCUGAUUCCCGAUUGGCGCGGUACCGGGCCACGGAUCGCGUCCGUCUGCAUUCUCGCGCGUCCAAACGCAUCUCCAAUCCAACACGGGCGAUUCCUCCGACCCACCACCACCACCAACAGCAGCGACAAGGAGAACAACCAGGACCCGUACCAGGGCGCCGGAUCGGACUUUUCGUUUGUGCCCUCGACGCAAGAGGCGUUUGACUAUUGCGCGCAUCCGAGCGCGCACACCCAGUCUGGGCAUUUCUUUUCGGACUGGAGGACGAUUCCUGCGUUGUACCCCGUUUUGAGCCCCGCCAAGGCGCCUGGGUUUAGCGAUUUGGUGAUUCCGAGUCAUUAUUAUUAUGCUAGUACUAAACGGUAUACCUAUGGAUAUGAUAGUAUUAAUACUGUCGUAAAGGACGUUGACGAUAUGGAGGACGUUGAUGAUAUGGAGGUUUCCGUGGGACCGCAAGGUCGAGAAGAUUUUUUGGAGAGGUGCUACGACGGGUGGUGGGAGCUCACCACCGGGGUUCAUGGCGCAGUACCAGAGGCAUAG